GAACCAUUGUCGGUCAGAGGGGGAAGACAAAGACCGCUGCACAACCGGUAGCGGUGUGAACAGAACGUUUCUAAGACGAACUGGCAAAGGGAUGCACAUGGACAUACUCUGCAUGCAGGGAUUAACAAAUACAGCUCUGUGUGGAUGAAUUUUGCGCAUCUACAUCGUAAUUUAAAAUAUAAUUUAAAUUUGGUGUCGCUCCUCUGGAGGUGAGCCAGGUUGCAGUGACAUGGUAAUAUGUUUUGAAUGGCACCGGACAGCUGUGGACCAGACGAGCAGCAGUGGUUUACCAAUGACUGGUGAAGACACUGGUUUGGGGGCGUUGGCCUCGCCACUGGUGGGGUAUUUGGGAAAAGUUCAGCAAAGAGCUGCUUCACUGGAGAAUUGUCCCUGGUGUACAUCAAAGGGCUUGAUCUAUGUUUUGCGGUCUUUCCGUAUCAACCUCCAGGAGUCAAUCACGCUCUGCACAAACCCACAGUGCCUCUUCCCUCUUGUCAGCCGGUCGUUAGAGGAUGUUUUGGCGAGCCUGGCUCCUGUGGAGCCCACUGUUGGGGAAAAAAGAAAACAUCCCUUUACACUGGAAAAAGAAGAGCUGGUUAGACCCGAAAACAAACGCCUGCGAUCAAGUGAACUUGACAGUUUUGGGACUCAAUGUAGUACAGAGACACUUAUCAGCCAAGUAGAGCAUGGUGCUGUAAAAAUUGUCAGUAGUGGCCAACAUGCAGCACCCAAGACAGACGGUGGAAAGCUAAAUGGAUGCAGGAAUUCUCCAGUUACAGAGACAACAGGAUGGGAGUCACUACAAAAAGAUUGCUAUUUGGACCAGGAGCCAGAGAAUACUGCUUCUAGAGAUACUGUUGUAUCUCCUACGUGCAUGACAACAGCUGGACACCCGCAGUGCUCUGCAGAAGACUUGUUAACCUCUGAUGGAGAUGAGCCUGAGCUUUCUCCUCACCAUGGUGCUCUUGGUACAUCAGAGGCAAAGGAUGACUUCAAGCAGCUGAAAAAUUCUUCUGAGGUGCUGAACAGACACUGCUGUCUGGACUCCAAUCAGUCCUUUUUCACAAAUGGGGACAUCUAUUCAAUUGAAAUGAAUGUUCCAUCGCCACAGCACAAUGAGCAAGCAACAAGGACGGAACAGAAAUCACUGUCUGCGGACAUCACUGCAUGUAAGGAGACGGGAGGCUUUAAGACACCAACUGAGGGUUUGUCCACUACCACUAUUACAGAGUCUGAGAAGCUUGUAUCUGUUCCGAAUCGGCUAUUCUGGAGUAACAGCAACAACCUGUGUUGGCUGGACUCGCUGCUUGUUGCCUUGGUAAACUGUAAGAGCUUGAGAAAGUGUAAACAUAAAGAUGGGCCUCAGCGGUCAUUCGUCUUGCAGCUGAUGACAGGAUAUGAAGACACUUGUGCUGCCAUCCAAAUGCAUCAAAAGACAGGCAGAGAUGGCGUUGUGAGAGUGCCAGAUCAAGUGCUGCAAAAGGCCGAUGGGGCCCUGCAGAGUCUCAGGAUGUCAGUCUUCAAACUACUACAGCCCAAGCUGCAUUGCAAACUGGGUCAGAGGGAAACUCCGGUAUUUGCCUUGCCGCUUCUGCUACAGAUGGACUCUUGGGUGGAGCCUCUCUUCCAGUCGACCUUUUACUGGGAGUUCCAGUGCAGUGAAUGCAAAACUCUCACAAAAGAAAGGGUUACGAAUACUCUCCCCACCUUCACAAAUGUUUUACCUGAUUGGGGCCCUCUGAAUGCAGUCCACUUGGCCCCGUGCAACGUGUGCGGCCAGAAGAAUCAGAGGAGGACCAUGAUGCUGGAGAGUGUGCCUCCGGUGUUUGAGCUGCACUUUGUAGAAGGGCUUCCUAACAACGAUGUCAGAAUCUACGCCUUCACCUUCAAGGGGAAACGCUACUCCAUCACCACUGUCAUACAGUACAACCAUCAACUGAAACACUUUGUCACCUGGAUUUGUAAUUCUGAUGGAUCAUGGCUGGAAUAUGACGACUUGAAACAUCCAAACUGUAAGACCCACCAAAGGUUUCCGGUCCCUGCUCAGGAGAUGCACAUCAUCUUCUGGGAGGUGGAGGAGGAUAAAGAAGAGCCUUGUGCCUGUUCUCCCUCCAGCACAUUUCCUGAGUCUCCCCCAUCUAAAAAUGCGAUGAACUCCGGUCAAGGCGACAAAGACUUAACAGCAGAAGAACUGGCUCCCGAUCAGUCUCUACUUAUGUCUUUCGACGACACUGCCGACAUCGUCUGUGCACUCACGGCAUCCGAAAACAGCAGCAACGACAUAGACACAACCGUCACAGCCGGUGUUGAUACAUCGAUAGGUUCAACGACGCUGCUCGAUGCCUUUGAGGGUCUUUCCCAUAAUGACAUCAUAACGCUCACACUGGUGGAAAUAAAAGAAGAGAAAGAAAUGCAGCCUUUCAAUGACAACGAACAAAUGGAUGAUGUCAGUGUUCCCAGCCGGAAUGAAACCCUUGACUCAACCCCAGAUAGCUCCUCCGCUGCAGUAGGUAGCGAAAUGUCUCAGGGCCCUGAUGUUGAGCUCCCCACCACCUCCACUUCCGAUUCUGCCAAUGGCUCGUCAAGUGAUCCCACGUUUGUGCCUGGUGGCAAGAGAGGACGAGGGAGAGGCAGAGGCAGAGGCAAAACAGUUAGCAGACAGACGGUUAAAAAGGCAGCCGUGCCAAAAGUGGCGCCGAAUAUUUCAACUGAAUCUUCUGAGCUGUCUGAAGUGAUCAGUAGCAAACUUAAGACUACUGCUGCUGCUGCUGCUGGUCAGAAGGACACACUACCUGUUGAACCUAGACAGCAAGCGUCCCCCGUGUCUUCUACAGAGGCCUCAUCCCUGUCCGCUAGUCAGAUGAGUCACCCAGUGCCGCCUCAGAAUGCCCGCUGGUCCUUCCUGCUCAGCAAACACCCUCUGAACCAUGUUCACAAGUCGAUUGCUAAACUCACCCCCAACACCUUGGCCACACAAGUAAAGUCCACUCCUCCCGCUCACUCCACGCCCAACCCUGUGAGAAGACCGCAGACUUGUGAUAGAUUCUUCCCUAAACCACAGCUCAGGACAGAGGAGAGUGAAGGUCUCCCACCUAAAGCUGCAGAAAUGUACGGUGGAUUCGGUGCAAAGAGCUCCAACGCCUCAAGUCCGGUCCCUUCUCCUGCACUUCUCAAUGGUAAAUCAAAGCCGUUUCUACCCAUAACUUGUAACCAGCACAAAUCUCUAAAAAACACUACGGUGGUGUCUGGUGCACCAAUUCCUAUGCCUGGAGGAAAGCUCCAUGAAAUAUCCUCCUCAAAGAAAGCUAGCAGCCAGUCCUCGAAGCUUCCCGCGGGUCUCAGUGACACAGAAGCCCUCAGGUACAAGCUGAUUAAGAAACUGAAGGCAAAGAAAAAGAAGCUCGCCAAGCUGAAUGAAAUGCUGGGUCAUCAGGGCUCCCCCAACACCGUCACUUCCAGCACCUACGACGGCUCCACCUGUGAUGACUUCCUCUCUGACCUUCUCUCGCCAGCAACAACAGCCAGCCACCUUUCACCAGACAGCAGCGGCUUUCUUGAGAUGCUCGCCAACGGGCAAGAUGGAGUUGACCAGUUGGACUGUGGGGUCAACGCCGUCGCUGCUGUGUCGCAGAUGAACGCACCCAACGAUGAAAACUUCCUGGAUGAGUUUCUCUCGCAGGCUGAGGCUGAAAGACCAACUGAGAUGGAGGCCGAGGCACUCCAUGCACUUGAACUUUUUAUUUGAGCUGCAAGCUCCAAGCACAGAUAACGUUGACCAUGACAAACCUGACUCUAAACCUCCGCUAUCACUCAAAUGUCAGUUCUGAGCAGCCUGUUCCGCAUGAAAAUGCAUUUUAUAAGUUUAAAGUAAUAUCUAUUUAUGUUGCUGUUAUUUUCCAUGGUUUAUUAGAGUUUAUCUACAUGUUAUGGAUGCAUUUGUAAACCUUACAAUUAUUCUGCAAGUUUGGCACUUUGUAGUGUAAAUAUUGUAUGUAACUGAGUUGUAUGAAGCAUUCGUAUUUGCAACCAAAUCUGUUUGUUUGCUCGUUUUUGAUAAAUUACUUGAAGGUUCUCAUGUAACAAUUUUUAUGUGUCAUUUAAUAAAUACUU